AUGUCCGCCGCUGGCCAAUCAAACGUGGACUGUCCCAACAUGUACGAAGACGACGACCAGCGGAGCUUCAAGCGGUCCGAGGUCGACAAGCUCAGCAGGCACAGCGGCGUCAACGUGAAGGGCUACAUGGGCAGUGCCCAAGCGAGCGAAGUGAAUCGCUUGUACGACGAGGAAAUCUCGAGAAAGCAAGCCGAGGCCAUGAAGAAGGACCCCACGCUGGCGGCAAGUUUCCCUCUUUACUCUUGCCGGUGUGCUACCCUGAACGGCAACCGGCCCGCCAAGGGCGCCAUUAUCGACAAGGAGCUGAUGGAGGAGGAGGCGGCCAUGCUGAGAAAGAAGCAGAACAAGUACGGCAUGUCAGGAAUGAAGUGA